ACUGCCGAAGUAGCCAGCAGAAGAAGAAGGAAGAGGAACUACGUCAUCAAAAUCAUCAUCAGCGGGAAUUUGACAGUAAGAACGGCAAAAACAUCACCGAGGAGUUUGGAGACAAAGCAGUGCUCAGCCAUGACACAGAGAAAGAGACUGUCCAACUCUCAGAGUGCCUCUCAGAGUAAAAGGCAGUCGGGCUCCUUCACAGCUCAGGACGACGAUGACGACAUCACCUUCACCCAACCAACCAGCACACAGGUCCAGAGAGGGCUGGAGAAGUUCACACCUGCACAGGUGGACCAGAAGGUUGCUGAGGUGGUGCAGUAUUUCCUCGUCAAGGACCAGAAGAAGAUUCCCAUACGAAGGGCUGACCUGGUGAAGCACGUGGUGAAGGAAUACAAAAACAUCUACCCCGAGCUCAUCAACAGAGCAACACAGACGUUCGACAAGGUCUUUGGCCUUAAACUGGUGGAAAUCGACCCCAAAAAUCAUUUGUACAUACUCGUCAAUAAGCUGGAGGCUGCUGAGGGAGAGUUGCCGAUUGAGACUCCUACGGAACCAAAGCUGGGCCUGCUGUUCGUCAUACUAAGUCUGAUUUUUAUGAAAGGAGGCGUGGUCAGAGAAAAUCUCAUCUGGAACACUCUGAAGAAACUGCGUGUUGAACAGGGAGAGAAACACAGUGAGUUUGGGGACGUGAAGAAGGUCGUUACAGAGGAGUUUGUGCGCCAAAGGUACCUGGAGUAUGUGCGAAUCCCCCACACAGAGCCGGUGGAGCACGAGUUCAGAUGGGGUCAGAGGGCAGAGCUGGAGGUGUCCAAAACCAAAAUCCUGGAGUUCGUUGGCGAGCUCCAUGAAGUGGACCCUCAGAGCUGGAGCCAGCAGUACAGAGAGGCUCAUUCCAGCCAAAACUCCUCCCAGCCCAGCACCAGCAGCCAGAGAUAACCGUCCUUCUUUUACAUUUAAUGUUUUAUUUAUUUAUUUUUGGAUUAAUGUUGUGAGAUAAAGCAGCAUAUGUGCCAAAACGUCAUUUCUAAGGAGUUAUUUUAGUUCUUAGCUGCUUUAAAAAACCAUAAUUCACAUGAAACAGGUUCAUAGUUUACCGUUUAAUCUUUAGCUCAUCUUUACAGACGGACACCGUUAAACACGACACAAUUCAUCAGAUAUCACUUUUAUUUUAUUGCUUGGACAUUAAAGGAAGUUAUUUCUUCAAGUUCAUCAAAUAAAUCUUUUUUAACACUUUAAA